AUGGUGUUAAGGAGUGAUUGCACAAGCAACUGCAGUUCUUCUUCUAAAGAGGUCCUUUCAAUCAAAACAGAACCCAUUGAUGAUUAUGAAGAAUGUGCCGAAGAAGACAGUGAUUUUCCUCUUGACGUUCAGAUAUCUGAACCAGAAGAAAACAGUGGUGAGAAUGAAAAAAGUGACAUAGAAUGUGAAGAAUUGUCAGGACUACCGGUUAAAACUGAACUUAUUGAAUGUAAAGAAGAAUGCCAAGCUCUUGAUGACGAGAACAACACUAAUCCAUUCAUUAAGGCGGAACCUCUUGAAGAGGGGUAUGAAGAUCGCGUAAAUGAUUUCAUUCAAAUUGUUACCAAAGAAAAACUUCCAGUUCAAAUUUUUACCAGUGAUGAUACAGUCACAAAUUGUUCUGAAGAAAAUGAAGCUGAAAGUGGUCAUUUUCUGUCUCAGAUUAAACCAAAGCGACUCCGCGGUGGGAUGCUGCAAUGUGCCAAGUGUUUGGCCAAGUUCAAGUACAAAAGUACGUACGAUUACCACGUCAAGUCCGCCUGCGGUACUAAGAUGAUCGCCCGUGACCAUCUGGUGAAAAAGUCUGGGAAGAAGAACCAGUUUGAUUGCAACGUUUGUCAUAAGAGACUGUCAAGUAGGACUAGCCUCAUGGUUCACAUGCGUAUACACACAGGGGAGAGACCAUUUGCUUGUGACAUCUGCAGUCGCUCGUUCUACCAGAAAGCGCAUCUCAAAGAUCACAUAAAUAGCCAUUUGUCCGGCAAACCUAUGAGUCCACUCUACUACACGUGCGCAGAAUGCGGGAACGUCUACCCUACAAAAUCUCAGCUUACUUCACACAUGAACGUUCACUUUGGCGACAGGGUGUUCGGGUGUAACGUAUGUCACAAACGCUUCCGCACACGGUCGAACCUGAGCAACCACAAAAUGAUUCAUUCGGGGAGAAAGCCGCACUGCUGUACCGUUUGUGGUAAAGAUUUCCUGCGUAAACCCAGUCUGGACGACCACAUGAGGAUACACACCCAGGAGAAACCCUUCGAAUGUGAGAUCUGCGGGAAACGGUUCGCCGAGAAGACGCGGAGAAAUACACACGUCAAACGACACACUGGGGAAUUGACACAAGUUUGUCCGACGUGCGGGAAAAAGUUUGCUGGCUCUUACGAUCUGAGAGUUCACCAGAGAAUGCACACUGGGGAGAAGCCAUUUUCCUGUAACAUCUGUGGCCGAAUGUUCAACCGCAAGUCCAUCAUGGAGACUCACAUGACAAUACACACUGGACGGAAGGACUUUGUGUGUACGGAGUGUGGAGAAGCGUUCAACCGAAAGUCCAAGCUGGACAUUCACCUGACGACUCACACGGGCGAGAAGUUCUUCUGUGAGAUUUGCCACAGAGUGUUCAAGUGUAAAGCGUAUCUCGUCCCACACAUUCGGACACACUUCGGCAUCAGCCGUAUGAGAGGGAAGACCUGCAAAUGUCUGCUGUGUCGACAGGAGUUCCCCAAUCACCAGCUGUUGCAAGAUCAUCUGGCCAAGACACACCCCACAUUGUUUCAACCCCCCUCCCCUGCCUCAGCCCCUCCUCCAAUCACGUUUGUCAAGGUAGAGUCCGAUCAGUAAUGUUUUUUACGCUAAAGGUGUGUUAGGUAUUGAGUAUCUGAAUGUGCUUUUACACUGGACAAUGAGUGAAGGGAAUUUCGUUAACUUUUGUGACAAGUUUUAGUAUUAUCAAUCAACAAUAACAUGAUUAUUUAAAAGAAUCAAAGCACAAUCCAAUCAAAUAAAUAUAAUCAAGUUUUAAAGCUGGCUGAUAAGAUGAGAUGUAUGUUUACUAUUUGAUCAGAAAUUUGCUAGUUCAGUCCUCUUUUGAGUUGACCUUUUUGAUGCUUUUUAAAACUGGUAUCAGCUGUUGUUAUUGGGUUAUAGGUUAAUUUGACUGUUAAAAAACAGCUGGUCUUAUUAAACUUAAAGCUACACUAGAUAUUUAUCUCCGUCUACACUAAUCAUUGUACUAAACAACAUCAAACUUUAGGCAAC